AUGGAAUCGUCAGGUAAAUCAUCCGCUAACCCAAAUUUGCUCGCUGAGACGCUCACAACUAUGCAAGCCCAACUCCAAACUCAGACUGAGAUUUCUCAGCAGGUUAUGGAGGACAAUAAAAACCAGUCGGCGUUGCUGAAGCAACAGAGGGAGAUGUCGCAGGCGUUGCUGGAAGAGAAUAAGCGGCUGCGCGCGGCGCAGGGGGAUCAGCCUAGAUUCGUGGCUGUGGGUGAAAAACCGCUAAAUAGCGUAAAACUUAUGAGUGACUUGCUGCGUCAGUUACCCAAGUACCAUUUUGAUGUGUCGGAACCAGAUUCCUUCACGAAGUGGUGGGCUCGGCACAAGCUCACAUUUACCGAAGAUGGAGCUGAGCUCUCAAAUCGCGAAAGAAAUCGCAUGUUGGUAGCUCGUCUCGAGGAAUCGACGUUUCAACGAUUUGUAGAUUCACAACGUGAUGUUGAGGAUAUCUAUAGCGUUCCUGUCGAAGACACUAUCAAAGCUCUUAGCAAGUCUUUCGGUUCUCAGCGUAGUCUGAUGAUUAGACGCCAGAGUUGUCUCCUUAUCAGUCGAGCCUCUGGAGCGUCUAUGGAUCCGCUCGAGUAUACGAACCUCGUUGGUGAGGCAGUUCUCGAUGCAAAACUCUCGAAUAUGUCGACAGAUGAUUGGUCGAUCUUUAUCUUCUUACGUGGAAUGGAUGCGCCGGAGGACGCCCUAGCAAAGCGUUAUUUGAUGCAAUAUUACGAACAGUUUGAGAGAAAAGAUGAAAAACUCAAGUUAUCCGACGUCCAUGACGAAUGGAUCCGUUACAUCCAAACGCAGCAGCAAUCCAAAGUCAUCACAGUAACUCCCGCCAGACAUCCGAAAUUCGAAGUAAACCAAGUUGAUGCAGAUGACAAGAAGAAGGAUUCGAGAAAAGGAAACUACAGACCUCCGUAUUGUUACAAGUGUAAAGUAGUCGGGCACGUUUCAAAAGACUGUCCUCAGAGUUCCACCAAUUCAGGUGUGACCAAUCGUAAGACUGAGCAUUCUGAAGUGAAUACGCUCGAGGUUGGGUCUGGAAGACAGACAUCGCCUAGUCUCCGGUUGAACGUGGAAGGACAACAGAUCGAUUUCACUUUUGAUACAGGCAGUGACAUCACCCUUAUCAGUGUCCAGAACUGGCAAAAGAUCGGGAAACCGCAUCUCGAAAAGGUCCACCACAAAAUUUGCUGUGCCAAUGGUACUGAAAUCGCUGUCAAAGGUAGAGUGCUCGUAUGGUUCAAAGUCAAAGGUGUCGAAUACACUGAGUAUGUGUACGUCUGGAACAGAAACAAUAAUCUGCUAGGCACCAGUUGGAUGCGCCACUCGCCUCAAAUGCGUGAUGCUCUGGCCGUAAUGGUUAAUCAUAUAUCCACUGUGGAUAAUUCGAAGCAAAAUUCGCACUCGUUCUCAAGGAUUCCUACUGGAUACAAAGAUCGUGCUGAAAAUGUUGGGAGACAUGUUGUUGCAUCUGCGCCGCGUAGUAGUAAGCGCCAGUAUGUAAGAUUUGCGCGCAAUAAAGCGUUUCAGAUUGGGCAAUUGUGCCUUGCUCGGGUUCAAGGAGAGCACGAUUUUGGCUGGAUUUAUGGAGUGGUUCAAAGACAAGUGAACGGAGUACUCUAUGAAGUACAGUUGGGAUCGAGAAUUCAAAGGAUUCACACGAACCAACUCCGUCACAUUUGCGGUCGCCGGAGCCGUGGGAAUGACUAUGCUUCAUCAUUCAUCGAAAAUCCGUGUAAAUUGUCGCUCUUGGAAAACAUUCCGCGCUCUAGUUGCCGCCAAAAAUUUGUCGCUCAAGGUGUCCGUGGGGAGGGGAGGGAAGCUAAUCCAGUUUUAGUUUCAGAUUCUUCUGUUUUUGGUUUUAGUGCUCCAGAUUUGUCAGCUUGUGAGUCUGUUGGUUCUCGAUCUGCUCGUGAAGUCGUCUCGUCGGUUGCCGGCAAUGCUCGGAAUGCUUCUGGUGCAAAUAUAACUACGAUUCAUGUCACGGAGAGCAAGAGUUCGUUGAAGAAAAGCCACAGAAGACGUCGCCGUGUGGCUAAGAGUCGCCAAUCAUAUACUGCUGGAAGUUCGCCAAUCAAAGAAACCCAUCUGGACCCCCUGCUGGAAUCCGAUGUUGCGAGUGACGGCGAGCGUUUCCAACCCGGCAUCCUCCUGCGUCAUUCUCUUCGACAGAGCCACCCACGACAAGUUGUGCGAGGAUCAGCCCCAAACACUGAUCAUGUCUCCACUCGGCGCAGAGGUCGAGAUACCGCCUCUGGUCGUGAUGCCCCUAGCCCAGGCAUAAUUUCUGGCUUUUUGUCAUAUAAGAGGGGAGAUGUUGUGGACGGAACGUAA